AAAAUAAAUACUGCUGGAACCAGUAAUGCAGAUGUCCCUUUGGCUGAUCCCGGAAUGUACCAGUUGGACAUUACAUUAAGAAGGGGUCAAAGUUUAGCUGCCCGUGAUCGAGGAGGGACAAGUGAUCCCUACGUGAAGUUUAAAAUUGGAGGAAAAGAAGUUUUUAGGAGUAAAAUAAUACACAAGAACCUCAACCCUGUGUGGGAAGAAAAAGCCUGCAUUCUUGUUGAUCAUCUUAGGGAGCCAUUGUAUAUAAAGGUAUUUGACUAUGAUUUUGGACUACAGGAUGACUUUAUGGGCUCAGCCUUUCUGGAUCUUACACAACUGGAGUUAAACAGGUCCACAGAUGUGACCCUCACUCUGAAAGAUCCCCAUUAUCCUGACCAUGACCUUGGCAUCAUUUUGCUCUCCGUCGUUCUUACUCCUAAAGAAGGAGAGUCCAGGGAUGUGACAAUGCUAAUGAGGAAGAGUUGGAAAAGAUCAAGUAAGGAACUCUCAGAAAAUGAAGUGGUCGGAUCUUAUUUCUCUGUGAAGUCUUUCUUUUGGAGGACAUGCAGCAGGCCAGCUCUUCCUGUCCUGGGCUUCUGCAGAGCAGAGCUUCAGAGUCUUUAUUGCCAAAAUGCACAAUUUCAGACCCAAAGUUUACGUCUGUCAGACCUACACAGAAAAUCCCAUCUUUGGAGAGGAAUAGUCAGUAUCACCUUGAUUGAAGGACGAGACCUCAAGGCCAUGGAUUCCAAUGGGUUGAGUGACCCCUAUGUGAAGUUCCGGCUUGGGCAUCAGAAGUACAAGAGCAAGAUUAUGCCAAAAACUUUGAAUCCUCAGUGGAGGGAACAGUUUGAUUUUCACCUUUAUGAAGAAAGGGGAGGAAUCAUUGAUAUCACUGCAUGGGACAAAGACGCUGGGAAAAGGGAUGAUUUUAUUGGCAGGUGCCAGGUUGACCUGUCAGCCCUAAGUAGGGAACAGACACACAAAUUGGAGUUGCAGCUGGAAGAGGGUGAGGGACACCUGGUGCUCCUGGUCACCCUAACAGCAUCAGCCACAGUCAGCAUCUCUGACCUCUCUGUCAACUCCCUGGAGGACCAGAAGGAACGGGAGGAGAUAUUAAAGAGAUAUAGCCCACUGAGGAUAUUUCACAACCUGAAAGACGUGGGAUUUCUCCAGGUGAAAGUCAUCAGAGCAGAAGGGUUGAUGGCUGCUGAUGUCACAGGUAAAAGUGACCCAUUUUGUGUGGUAGAACUGAACAACGAUAGACUGCUAACACAUACUGUCUACAAAAAUCUCAAUCCUGACUGGAACAAAGUCUUCACGUUCAACAUUAAAGAUAUCCAUUCAGUUCUUGAAGUGACAGUUUAUGAUGAAGAUCGGGAUCGAAGUGCUGACUUUCUGGGCAAAGUUGCUAUACCAUUGCUGUCUAUUCAAAAUGGUGAACAGAAAGCCUACGUCUUGAAAAACAAGCAGCUGACAGGGCCAACAAAGGGGGUCAUCUAUCUUGAAAUAGAUGUGAUUUUUAAUGCUGUGAAAGCCAGCUUACGAACAUUAAUACCCAAAGAACAGAAGUACAUUGAAGAGGAAAACAGACUCUCUAAACAGCUGCUACUGAGAAACUUUAUCCGAAUGAAGCGUUGUGUCAUGGUGCUCGUAAAUGCUGCAUACUACGUAAAUAGUUGUUUUGAUUGGGAUUCACCCCCAAGGAGUCUCGCUGCUUUUGUGCUCUUUCUCUUUGUUGUCUGGAACUUUGAGCUCUACAUGAUACCACUGGUUUUGUUGUUACUGUUGACAUGGAACUACUUCUUGAUAAUAUCAGGGAAAGAUAACAGGCAACGUGAUACCGUAGUGGAGGACAUACUAGAGGACGAGGAAGAAGAAGAUGACAAAGAUGACAAGGACAGUGAAAAAAAGGGAUUUAUAAAUAAAAUCUAUGCCAUCCAGGAGGUAUGUGUCAGUGUCCAGAACAUCCUAGAUGAAGUGGCUUCCUUUGGCGAAAGGAUAAAGAACACUUUCAACUGGACUGUCCCAUUCUUAAGCUGGCUGGCCAUUGUAGCCCUCUGUGUGUUCACAGUCAUCCUGUACUUCAUUCCACUGAGAUACAUUGUCCUCGUCUGGGGCAUUAAUAAAUUUACAAAAAAGCUUCGGAGUCCAUAUGCAAUUGAUAACAAUGAACUACUUGACUUCCUUUCCAGAGUCCCUUCAGAUGUACAAGUGGUGCAAUACCAAGAACUGAAACCAGAUCCUUCUCAUAGCCCAUAUAAAAGGAAGAAAAACAAUCUUGGCUAGCCAGCUCCCAGCACUAAGGAGACCAGCAUCUGUUUGGGAAGAUAAAAGAAAAAGCCUUCAGCCUCAGCAGCAUUUCCUUUCUUUCUGCUUUUUAUUUAUUUUGCCUUUUUAUCAUGAUUGAGAGAAUUUGUAAAUAGUGUACAAAGGCAUAUGUCUUUGAAAAUAUACUUCUAUUGUACAGACUCAACUUGAUAAAGGUUUAGCUACCGCUGUGUGAAAGCCUUGUUAGCUGUGGAUAAUAAUAUAACACACUGAAAGAACAAAUGUAAGAAUAAUAACACUGGAAGAUACACACUUCUCUAAUUACAAGUGGAAGAACCAGAAUAUUAGAUUAAAUACUCAACUGUGCUUUGAUUAAAUCUACAUAAAUUGUAAAUGUCAAUUUGAUUUUAAAGUUUUUUUUUAAUGUGACUAUUUUUUAUCUGAAAAGUAAUCCAUUACAGUUUUCUAUGUUUUAUACAUUUCAAAAGAGAGGAAAAUCCCAAAGCCUGAAUAAUGGAAUGGAAGCAUUUCAAUCUAGCAUAGAUUCUGGCUUUAGAUCCUGACAUUCACUCCUGUGCAAAUUACUUAGGUAUGACUAGGCUGAUUUUAAGCUAAAGAGUGAAGGCACUUUCACCUCCUUAAUAUAAUCUUCAACACUCUGAAAUCCUGUAUAGGAAACUUUCAAACCUUCUACCAUUCCAUCUAAAACCUUAAAAUCUCAGCAGGACUACACAACAUAAAUACUGCCAGGUUUAUAAAUGAUUGCCUAUCUGAAUUUUUAUAUCUACCACUACUUUAAUUUAUACUGUUAGCAAAUUAGGAACCCAGUUCAGUUGUCAAAAGCACUAGCAAACUAUAUCCAGAUUGCUUUUGUGUCAGAUUAUACCUUUGUGCAUCUAAAAAUAUUUUAAUACUCAAGUGUUCUCACAGGAAAAAAAAUCUGCUUUCUCAUGAGGUUACUGAAAUGCUUUAACGCAUACUAUGAUUUUUGUUAUUAGUGUGAAUUUUAAUGUAAAGGAGAAUGCAGUGUGCUAAGUGAUAUGCCAGUGUUUCAUUUAUAAAAAAAAAAUCAUUCUUGAUAAUGCAUGAAAACCUGUUUUGUAAAAUAACUGCUUGGGGCGGGGGGUGUUGCCUUUAAAAAUGUUUCACUACUUACCAUAAAAUCUAUACUUAAAAACUGCAUUCCCAAGACUCUUAAGGUAGUUUUUGUAUCUAACUCCCUAGUUUAUUGAGGGAGCAUACCGAUGGAGAAAAAUAAUUUGGUUGGUGAGAAUGUCUUACUUCCCUGACUUGGUAGGGGAUUAAACUCAAUUGAAAUUGCUGCAGACAAUGUUUUGCACUACUUUAUUAAUAAUAGACUGGGAUAGGGUGAUGGGGGGGUUAUGUUGGAAAAAUGUAGAAAAGCUGAAAGCAAGAAAUAUAUAUUUCAUUCUAAAGGAAGAUUCUUUAAAAUUAAUCUUAUUUGAAGCUGAUUUUUAAAGUAUUUUUAUUUUAGAGAUAUGUUGUUAAAUACUAUUUCUUAUAAUAGAACUAUUUUGAUGUUUAUACACUAUGCUUGAAAGAAUGUCAAUUAAAUUCCCUUUCGACAGAAAGGCUUUGACCUCAAUAUGCUCUAUUUAGCGCAUCAUGUUUAAAAUGACAUGCUUAUAUCUGCAUACCAUCACUGUUUGUUGCUAAAACAUAGUACUCCAUGAUGUUGAUGUUACUACAGAAUUGUUUGGUAGUUUGUUUAAAAUAACUUUCUAUACUUAUGUGAUUUAUGUUCUCUUCUGACAAUGUCUACUCAGAUGUCUAUAAACCUGAUAUUCUACAACCUCAGAUGUAUCUAGUAGAAAGUAACCAUUACAAGAUGACUGAUUUCUGUUUGUUUCAUUGUGUCAAAUUUCAGCUGUUUAGUUCAAUGGUAAUGUUGACUAAACAUUCAUUGCAUUAAAUACAAAGAAAAUAAUCUUUUCAACGUA